ACUUACGUAAUUAAGAUCGUGUAUAAAUUGAUGUUAUCUUGGGUAAUCCAUCAGAAGACAUUGUUGAUUCAAGCAAAAAGUGGACGAGGACACUCCGCUGAGGUAUAACAUGAAUUUGAUGCCCUUUGUGUUUUCGUGUUUUCUGACUUUACAUUCUAUCCAAGGACAUUAUUGGACCGGUUGGUAUGACCGAGACGAUCCUUCUGGUUAUGAGGAUAAUGAACAUAUUACAGAACAAAAGAAACUAGGUUACAUCUGUGGCGGAUGUAAACCCAUCGCGGCGGAGUGUCGCGUAAAGGGGUCAACCAGUACGUUCACUCGCUGGUCUGGAACUGCUCCAGAUAUAUUGGAGGUCCAUUGUUUACCAACACAAGGUCUGCUGUGUCGCAACUCCCAGCAAGCCGACGGGUCCUGCGCAGACUAUGAGAUAAGAUACUUGUGCCCAAGUACAAGUGGUACGUGGACAAACUACCAAGAUAGGGAUGAUCCAAGCGGUACCGGAGACUGGGAGAAUGUUGAGACUUUCAGGUCGACUGACAACGUCAACCUUUGCAAUGGUGCUCGCCCAUUGUGCACCCGGUGUCGCGACAGAGUGACCCACUACCAUUAUUAUGCAACUGGAGACCAAUACAAUACCGACCACGACUGCAACUGGGAGAAUGGCUUGGUCUGUACUACAUCAGUCAACGGGAGGACCUGCAAGGACUACGAGGUGAAUUUUAAAUGUCCAAACAUAGGCACGUGUCUUGCUUGCGCGAAGUGGACUCCCUGGAUGGACAGAGAUGACCCCAGCGGUGACCGCGACGCUGAGCACGUGGGGCCAACUGGCUUUAAUCCUUGCUCUGGACAUGAACCAAUUGACAUCCAGUGCCGCACGAGGGGAAAUAAUGUGCCGUGGGAACUGACUGGUCAGGUGAUCAAAGUGAAGUGCACGCCCUCUGAAGGGUUCGUCUGCGAGAACCGUGACCAGCCGAGUGGACAAAAUUGCUUCGAUUACGAAGUCCGUUUCCUGUGUCCGUAAUUUGGCUCACUAAUACAGUAUGUACUCACUGAGGAAAAUGACAAGCGAUAUCCUGGUGAAUGACACACAAUGCAACCUGAAUUUAGUAUCUGAGAAACGCUUACAGAAUUGCUUUAUUACAUGUACCGAAAACUUUCUGUUGACUUGCUAUGCAUUGAUUUAAAAUUUAGGUUCUUUACGAUUUUUAAAACUGACGCAUUUAAAUAAAGUACCAUUUAAGGACAAUAAAUUGUGCUUCUUUGCAUCGAA